CGUUCCUCCGUAGCGACGUAACGUCAGCACGUGCACUCCGCUGCUGCUGCUUCCAGGUUACAUCUCAUUCCACCGUCAUCCUCCUCGCGCUCUGAGCAUCACCUCAUCACUCCCUGACAACAAGCAGCAGAGCAACGGCAGAGCAACGAUGGCGGAGCAGACCCUAGCAGCAGACCUAGCAGCAUCAGGACCAGACCCAGCAGAACCAGCAUCCCCGACCCGGAGCCCGACCCGGACCCCGGGGGGCCUCUCUCCCCUCAACAGCCCGGGCUCGGAGCCUCCCUCCCUGGCUCUGUCUCCCUCAGCGGACGGCUCCCAGCGGCUGCUCUUCUCCCACGACCUGGUCUCCGGGCGGUACCGCAGCUCGGUCCGGUUCGGCCUCGUACGGAUGAUCCACGGAGAGGAGGACUUUAACUCGGACUCGGACCUCGAUGAUGGCGGAGGUGGUGGAGGGAGAGGUGGUGGUGGAGGAGGAGGAGGAGGACGAGUCCCGGGUGGUGGUUCGGACACUGAGAGCGGUGCGGUGGACACCCCGAGUCGGCCUCUCUGUCGGGGGUUCGUCCGCGUCCAGUGGUACCCGGAGGGAGGAAAACAGGACAUCAGGGAGACAAAGCUGAAACUUGAAGAUCGAUCUAUCGUCAUUAGAGACAUCGUGCGACGAAAUCAUUCUAAUGACAACCAGUGUGGUAUUGUGACCAACAUUGACAUCGAGUGUGCAGUGAAACUAGUGGGAACAAACUGUGUUCUGUAUCCAGUUAACAGCAAAGACCUGCAGCACAUCUGGUCUUUUAUGUACGGCGACUACAUCGCCUACGACUUCUGGCUGGGGAAAGUGUACGACCUGACGAAUCACAUCAUCCUCAAGCUCUCCAACGGAGCCAGGUGCUCCAUGAGUGUUGAGGACGGUGCCAAGCUGUACGACGUCUGUCCUCAUGUCAGUGAUUCGGGUCUGUUCUUCGACGAGGCGUAUGGUUUCUACCCAGGCCAGGUCCUGAUCGGUCCGGCCAAAGUCUUCUCUAACGUGCAGUGGCUGUCGGGGGUCAAACCUGUCCUCAGCAGGAAGUGCAAGUUCAGGGUGGUGGUAGAAGAGGUGAAAGUGGUCGAACUGAAAGUGACGUGGAUCACAAAGAGCUACUCUCCCAAAGGAUCAGACAGCGUCUAUCCGCCUGCCUCCACCAUCACACAGGAGAAUCUCUGCAGGGUGAGGCGUCUAGGAUACUACGACCACACCCAGAGGCAGCUGGGAGAGAGGGCCCUAUAUGUAUUCCCUGCUAAGGGGGACGCCACGCGCAUCACCUGUGAAGGACCCGAGGGUGCCCCUGUCCUGCCCGAAGACCCCGUGGCCAGAAAGUUGAAAAGGAUGUUCAAGAAGGAUUCAGGGAAGAAGACGGAGAACGCCGACGCACAAGGGGAGCACAAAUCAGAGCAGACAGACUCGUCUCAUCCCAACAACAACAACGGCCCGGUGGUGCCCGUCCAGAACCCUCCGGACUCCCAGAACACCAGCGACCCCUCAGUUGAACACGGAGAGCAGGACGCUGACGACGAGGGUGCUGAAGACACUGACGACACCAGCUCUCUGACGUCGUCGGCCAGCUCCACGGCCUCUUCUCAGAGCGGCGGUCUGGGAACCAACCGUAAGAAAAGCAUCCCGCUCUCCAUCCGUAACCUGAAGAGGAAGCACAAGAAGAAGAGGACCAAGUUCUCCCGCGAGUUCAAGCCUGGAGACCGGGUUGCAGUGGAAGUCGUGUCCACAAAGACCACGGCUGAUGUGAUGUGGAAGGACGGGCAGGUGGAGAGGGGGAUCCGAUCAAACGACCUCAUCCCCAUCCAGCACCUCGACAGCCACGAGUUUUGUCCCGGGGACUUCGUAGUAGACAAACGGCCCCAAGCCCUCCAGGACCCGGGAGUGUACGGUGUGAUCCAGUCCGGUGAUCACAAGGGCAGAACGUGUGUCGUCAAGUGGAUCAAACUCAACUCAAGCAGCGACGACGUGGAGGUCUUCGGUAUGGAGGAGGAUGUCAGCGUGUACGACAUCGCAGAUCACCCAGAUUUCCACUUCCACACCACCGACAUCGUCAUCAGAAUAUGGAACUCAGAGAACGGACACAACGACUGCGAAAAUGAGACGUCGGUUGGCCAGGUGUCCAGGGUGGAUGUGAGCAGCAAAGUGGAGGUUGUGUGGGCGGACAACUCCAUGACCAUCGUCCUGCCGCAGCACCUCUACAACGUGGAGUCUGAGAUCGAGGAGACGGACUACGACUCGGUGGAGGAGACGAGCAGCGUCCUGUCCACCGAGGAGUGGGAGGACGAGAGCGACAGCUGGGAGACGGACAACGGCCUCACCACCGAGGACGACAGCCACAACGUCAACAACGCAGAUGUCACCGAGACGGCGACCCCGACCCCGACCCCCACCGGCUCCACGACGUUCAUCAUCCCCCCUCAGGAGGGCGGCAAAGUCGGGGUCACCAGCCCCACUAAAGGAGCCCCUGGAGAGGAGGGAGAGGCGUCUGUAGCUGCUGCUAGUCCUGCUUCUGCAGGAGGAACGACUCCAGGAGCAGUCAACGGAGCGGAGAAGCCCAUUAAAGACGGCGCCUCUCGGGGCUUCAGGGAGUUGAAAGAGGCCCUGAAGAUCCUGGAGAGCCUGAAGAACAUGACUGUUGAGCAGCUCUGGACUGGCGGUUCUCCGACCUCCCCGACAUCCGCCGAACCCGCCUCCGCGACUAAUGUAGCGAGUUCGGUGACGCCCACGGCCCCGGAGAAACCCACCAAGGAGAAGCGCUUCCUGGACGACAUCAAGAAGCUGCAGGAGAACCUGAGGAAGACGCUGGACAACGUGGCCAUCGUGGAGGAGGAGAAGAUGGAGGCUGUGGUGGAGGCAGGGGGGAGCGGAGGAGCAGGGAUGGAGGUAGAGCGAGCUGGAGAGGAAAAGCCCCAGCAGGAGCCGCAGACACCGGUGGGUGGACAAGAAUGGCCCAGCGAGUUCCUCAGCGACACACCAGUACUGUGCCAACAGAGUGGCGGCAAGCCUGGCGUCACCUUCACCAGUGCCAAGGGAGAGGUGUUCUCUGUCCUGGAAUGGGCUCCAGACACACACUCAUUUAAGAAAAUGGAGUUUCAGCCGGCAGAGGCGAAGAAGUUCUUUAGCACAGUGAGGAAGGAAAUGGCUCUACUUGCCACGUCACUGCCGGACGGCAUCAUGGUCAAAACAUUUGAGGAUCGCAUGGACCUGUUCUCAUCUCUGAUCAAAGGGCCGACUCGUACGCCCUACGAGGACGGUCUGUUCCUGUUCGACAUCCAGCUGCCCAACAUCUACCCAUCUGUGCCGCCUCUGUUCCGCUACCUGUCGCAGUGCAGCGGCCGCCUCAAUCCCAACCUCUACGACAACGGCAAGGUCUGCGUCAGCCUGCUGGGCACCUGGAUCGGCAAGGGCAAUGAGAGAUGGACCAGUAAGUCCAGUCUGCUGCAAGUCCUCAUCUCCAUACAAGGCCUUAUCCUCGUCAACGAGCCUUACUACAACGAGGCCGGCUUCGACAGCGACCGAGGCCUACAGGAAGGAUAUGAGAACAGCCGCUGCUAUAACGAGAUGGCCCUGAUCAAGAUGGUCCAGUCCAUGACGCAGCUCCUCCAGAAUCCCAUCGAGGUCUUCAAACAGGAGAUCCAGGAGCACUUUGUGUCCAACGGCUGGCGGCUCGUCCACCGUCUGGACACGUGGCUCGAGUUGAACGACGGCGCCGAGAGGUGUCAGGCGGCGCACGUGACCUCCAGGUCUCAACACUCAAAAGACCGACCGUCGUCCGUGGAGCCCCUGGACGAGCAGGGCCCCGUGGCGGUGGCUCACAGCAGCCCCAGCAAGCCCGGGGAGGAGGGGGUCACAGGAGCGGGAGUUCCCAGUAUUAUGGAGGAGGAGCUGGAGGAUUCAGGGCUGAGUCCCUCCACCACAGCGGCCUCUCAGCAGGAGCUGAGCCAGAACUCAGACUGCGACAGCACCCAGGGGGGCGCCUCUCUGGGUGGUGAAAACAGGGGCGCGUCCACGGUCGCUGGCUCUGUAGUCCGCGGCGUUGGGGCGUUGGAAUUAGGUUCAGCCACAGUUAGCGGAGCAGUGGUGUGCUCCGCAGGAAGCCAGCCGGUGGUGCGACCAAAGAAGCGGAGAAAGAGCUACCGGAGUUUCCUCCCAGAGGGCAGCGGCUACCCGGACAUCGGCUUUCCACUCUUCCCGCUCUCUAAGGGCUUUGUGAAGAGCGUUCGAGGUGUGCUGCUGCAGUACCGAGCUGCGCUGGCCGCCGCUGCUAUCCCUGAGCACACAGAGGACAAUGUCUCUGCAGACGAGUAUGAUGGAUAAAGAGGGGGCGGACCUCACAUGCGCUCACCCAUUUGCACAAACCUACGGGAGUCACACAGGAACCCUCAUCUGUUCACAGGUAAACACACGGAGCUUUUACUGGAGGCCUUCCCAAGUUUCUCUUUUGGCCUCGGCGGGACUUUAAUGGAGGACGCAAAAAAGGACUGAAUGAGAUGAAAAAUCAGUGCCAUUGAACCCUCUUCAUCCACCUCGCCUCCAGCAGCAUCCACCGUACGGGUGGGGGAUUCGCUGGAUAAACCACUCUGCCGUCUCAAUCAGCCUGAAAAAAUGUAAAAGCAGACUCGUGAUCGUCGCUGCAUUUUGGACGGGAUCAAAGACGGCCUAAAAAACUGCAAAGCCCAGCUCUCCUGGCUGUUGGGUCAGCUACGGCUGUCUGUAGCACUACUGAUACUAUCGCUGUACCAUCCUGCACUACAACAAACGAAUGGACAAUCUGGUCUGGGAGAGGCGACGCCGUAUAAAUACUCCGACCAGGAGGAUUCUUUUUAAAUAGAAAUCACUGGUUGUACGCUUUCUGCCAAAUUCUCUCAACACACAAAAUAUUCAAGUAGAACGUACUGAAUGUCAGUAAAACUGCCAACCACAACAGCUCCACUACACGCUGGUAUUUUCCUUCGCCAAUCACUCGUACUGAACCACGCAGCAAACACCGAGUGACAAAGUUUACAUACGAAUCACCUCCGGAGGUCAGACCGCUGUAGCUGUUUGGUGCGUAGAGAAGCCAGCCAGGCACAGGACGACAGGCUCUAUGUGAAGGCGCGUGCGCUCUAGUCGAGGCUCAACACAGCCGCCGCCGCCGCCGCCGCCACAUACAAAAGUUCCAUUCACUUUCUGUAGAAUUUAGCAAAGUUGUUCGAUCACCAAACUGGAACUCGUGCUUUUGGUGUUUUGAUGCAUUUUUAAGUCGUUUUACUCUCAGAGGCUGAAGUGUUGGUGUCAGAGCGGAUUUUUUUCCCACAAUGCUCCACUUGUUUGUGACGGAGGUGAACCCACAUCACAUUUAAAGAAUAAAUAGGAGAGAAAGAAAACCAUACAGCAUCCAUUCCGUCAUCUCAUGUCAACAUGUUGCCUUACUUGAAUUGUUCUUAAUAAUCUCAGAUCAUUGUGUUCAGAGCUGCUCGUGUCACGCUUUAGACAUUAACCUAAACAGGCCUAGACACACGUAAAAACCACUAAAACCAUGCUCCAGUGUUUUCCUCCUUAAUAGCAGCUCUUAAACUCUCACACAUAGACUGUAUAUAAAGAUGUACGACGCGUCUCCACUUCCUCCCACUGCACAGAAGUGAAGCCAAAAUGAUCCCAGAUACGGGAGAUGAUAUCUUGAGAUUUUGACGUCAUUUGGAACCAGAGUGUGCGCUGUAGUGAUCGGUUGGUGUAGCCGCGGUAUCGAGAUUGCCCGCUCGAACCAAUCGCUAGCCGAGCACGGCCACAGCUCGUCGUCGAGAGAGACUAAAAACUGCCAAGCAUGACGUCUCACCCCCUUUGUAAAGCAUCAAAUAACUCAUUAAAACCAAACUUAUCAGAAAAAUGAACACAUCAG